UGUUUUGUUCCAAAAGUUUAGUUGGCAAACGUCAGUCGGAGAGUGAUGUCAUUUCGUAGAUAAUAUCUCCUAAAUUUUUUCAUUUUCAUUUUUUCUGUCGUACCUUUGAUUUUUGUUUGAUUUUGUGUUAAUUCCGUACCCUUUCGUUAGAUGACAUUUAUAUGUGACUAAAAUUCGAUCUAUUGUAGCGAUAACGAAAGGUGUUUGAUGUGUGGUUUUUAUCUAGUGUUGUUUUGAUACACAGUUGCAGCGAAUAAUAUAAAUAAUGUGGAAUCCAACGCACAUUCAAGUUAUUGUUUUACGAGCAAAGGGACUACUGACUAAAGGCAAAAAUGGAACGAAUAAUUGUUUUGCAACGAUCGAAGUUGGUAAAGAGAAAUACGCAACAUCGAUCAAGGACUCAUCGCCACCAAUGUUGGAAUGGCAUGAGGAGUGUGAACUUACCAUUCCGGAUAAGGGCAACCGAGCCGAGCUAAUAGUCAAAUGUUUGCAUCGUAACAAUUUCUCGGUAGACGAAUUUUUGGGACAAGUUACACUGCCGCUCAGUGAUAUGGAUGUGUACGAAAAGCCAAGAUCAAAAUGGUAUAAGCUGCAAAGUAAACCGGGCAAAGACAAGAAAGACAAGGAUCGCGGUGAACUGGAAAUACGCAUAGCGUUUACGGUGAAAUCGGGUUCGUUGAUGGACCUGAGUAAAAAGGAAAAGAAAGGUUCGACGCUGGGAUCGUCACUAGGAUUAGGAGGUGGUGGUGGUGGCAGCCUGUUGAGCAUAAAUACAUUAGAGAAAAAGAGGAAAUUAAAGGAUUUCGCUAAAUCACUAGGUUCUAAGGUUCAUUUAACUGGUAAACCGAAAAAAGACAAGCAAAACGUUGACAAUGGCUCAAAUUCAGGAAGCGUUUCAAGCAUUGGCACGCCAGGUAGUGGAGUCUUUGCACCCCGACGAUUUGGACAAUCGGCUGGAGACGCUGAUCCUGGUGUUAUUAGUGAAGACGAAGACGAAUUUGUGUUUGACAAAUUGUCUCAUAAAAGUUCCGGCAGCUCGUUGAAUGUGGCAAAAGUACCUACGAAUUCUCAUCAAACGCCUCCAUCACCAUUGGCUUCCAACUCAUCGAAAAGCGAAAACGAAGACAUUCGCCUGCGAUCGAAAACGCUUCCACCGUCAAAGCCACCACGCAUAAACGGCGAACCCGGUACACAGAAAGUCGACGAAUGGGAAGCCAAACUGUACGGCAAGCACUUGGAGGUGGGCAGCUCCGAUUCACUGAAGCGCCGUUCAUGGGAAAGUUCACGUGUAAUGUUGUCAUCGCAACAAGACAUCCACGAAUCGACAAAAGAACCGACCAAUGAGCAUGUAACGUCGAAUACAGCACCAACCACGCCGAACUUGGAAGAUCAGAAACGGACGACCAGUGAACAAGUUGAUAAACCGAGACCAUUGCCGCGAAGUGCGACAUUGGAGAGUAUUGUCGAAAAGGAAAAGGAGACGAAAGAGGAAGUUGUGGAAAAGAAACCGGAAAAGCGAUUGAGCAAAUUCAAGUAUUUCCGCAAAGAGAAGACCGAUUCGCUGGAAGAUAUAAAACAUAAACUCGGCAACAAACAGUUCGGUGAACGCAUAAUAAUUGGACACGAGAAUGACCUGAAAAGACAUGGGGCCGAGGUUCCGCAAGAAUUAUUGAAGAAAUAUGACGGGAAAUCGAGAGAGGAAAUAAUUUUACUUGCAAAUGACAUGGAGAACGAAGUUCGUAUUCAAAAGAUGAAAAUGAAGGAAAUGGAAGAUUAUCUGGACAAUCUGCUGUUGAGGGUAAUGGAAACGCAACCCAAACUUCUGCAGAAUCCCUAUCGUAGUCACAAUUCCACCAAAAGCGGUUGAAAACAGAAAAAAAAACGUUCAUGUUCAUCUCAGUGCCUUAAAUAUUUGACCGUGAACUUCAUUCUUCUAUUCGUCAGACUAUUUUGAAUCAAUUUUUGACUUUUAAUUUAAUUUAUUUACACGCGCUAAAUGUCUAGCCUAAGUUUAAGUUUAAUGAAACCUUUUUGAAGGGAAGUGAAAACAUUUUGACUUCUCUCAAAUUGCAUUUUUUGUAAUUGAAAGGAAAAUAAAACAAAAAUUUUAUUCACAAAAAAAA